AUGGGUUUAGUGGAAAUUUGGUUUUUUACCUUUGUAUGUGCAUUUUACUUAUUGGAAGUAUUAGGAGAUGAAAUACCAAUUAUUAAAUCAAAUGCCCCUUUAGUGUAUUGGGUGGGUGGAUCUAAAAAUAAUGAUUUUUCAAGCAAAAGAUCAAAAUUACAGAAUUUUAAUCAAACAUAUAAAUCAGCUUAUAUGGGUAAUUCAGAAAUGUUACCUACAAGAUACUCUACACGUGAUACUAGUGAUAAAUCUAUUGAGAGUAAAAACCAAUAUAAUACUUUAUUAGAAGAUAUUGAAUCAUCGCCUUUAUUAGAUAACUCUGAAGCAACAUCUUUAUCAGAUAAUUCUGAAGUAUUACCCUUAUUAAAUAAAUCUAAAAUAUCAACUUUAUUAGAUAAAUCUGAAGUAUCACCCUUAUUAGAUGAAUCUGAAGUAUCACCCUUAAUAAAUAAACCUCAAGUAUCAACUUUAUUAGAAACUUCCCAAAACAUAAGUGAGGUUACCACUUCAAUACCUAAACAUGAUACAUCAAUAUCAAAUAUAUAUUCAAGAAGUGAGUCACAACUAGUAGAUAAUACAGUGACACCUUUUACUAAUGAAAUAAGUCUUUCAGAGUCUGAACCAAAUUAUAAAAUUCCACUUGCUUCAAGAUCUACAGAUAUUUAUUCUGUUGAGCCAGAGUUAGAAAGUGCAUUUGCUCAAUUAGAAAGAAUGAAAGAGGUUCAAGAGACUGCAAAAAAAGGUAUAACUGAAGGGAAUUUAAUUAGUAAGCCUCAGUUGGAAUCUCCUAAUUAUACAAAUACUAAGACAUUUCCUAUUAGUACUUCAUCAUAUGAAGCUGAUAAUUCAGAUGAGAUACUAGAUUAUGACAGAUCUUCUAGAGAAACCUCAUCUGAUAUUUUUAACCCAAUGACUUUGAGUCUUCCUGAGAUCAAUAGUACGGAAUUAUUGGCUUCAAGUGAGGAAUCUGAAAAUUCCAACACUGAAGGUAAUGACAAAGUUGUUGAGGUAAUUAGAGUUGAAGAACCUGAAAAAGAGGAGUCUCAAGCUUCUAUCUUAGAAGAUCAGAUAUCUAAUGAACCAUAUAAUGGAGAAUCUAUGGAUUCAGAAUAUCACAAACAAAUUAUUCAAGACAGUUCUAUAGACACUCAAAAUAUUACUGAAAAUUCCGGAAAUAUUAUUAGUGUUGAAGAUACAGAGUAUGAAAUAAAAAAAGAAGAAUCUGAUAAUAUUGAGACUGAAGAUAUAUCUGGAUAUGGGAUCCAAGAGGAAGAAUCUGAAAAUAUAUUAGAUAAUAAUGAAAAUACUGAAAGACAAGAAGAAAAAUCUGAUAAUAUUAGAACAGAGGAUAUAUCUGGAUAUGAGAUCCAAAAGGAAGAAUCUGGAAAUAUAUUAGAUAAUAAUGAAAAUACUGAAAGACAAGAAGAAAAAUCUGAUAAUAUUAGAACAGAGGAUAUAUCUGGAUAUGAGAUCCAAAAGGAAGAAUCUGGAAAUAUAUUAGAUAAUAAUGAAAAUACUGAAAGACAAGAAGAAAAAUCUGAUAAUAUUAGAACAGAGGAUAUAUCUGGAUAUGAGAUCCAAAAGGAAGAAUCUGGAAAUAUAUUAGAUAAUAAUGAAAAUACUGAAAGACAAGAAGAAAAAUCUGAUAAUAUUAGAACAGAGGAUAUAUCUGGAUAUGAUAUCCAAAAGGAAGAAUCUGGAAAUAUAUUAGAUAAUAAUGAAAAUACUGAAAGACAAGAAGAAAAAUCUGAUAAUAUUAGGACAGAGGAUAUAUCUGGAUAUGAGAUCCAAAAGGAAGAAUCUGAAAAUAUAUUAGAUAAUAAUGAAAACACUGAAAGGCAAGAAGAAAAAUCUGAUAAUAUUAGAACAGAAGAUAUAUCAGAAUAUGAGGUCCAAAAGGAAGAAUCUGAAAAUAUAUUAGAAAGUAAAAAUAAUGGAAUUAUUGAAAAAAAAAGACAAUCUGAAGGUAUAAUAAAUGGUAUCAACUUAGGAAUUGAAAAUGAACAAAGUCAAAAAACAAGUCAAUAUAAAACUAUUGAUUAUACUGAAAAAUUGGAAGAUCCAAUGCAAAAAAUAUAUGGAAUUAGUAAAUCAAAUCUAAAUAACCCUACAAUGUACACAAUGGAAUCUGAAAUAUCUGAGAUGUCGGAUGAAUAUUAUAAUAGUCUAAAUGAGCAGGAUACAGAUAUGCCAGAAAAAUUCAUUGAAGAUACAAACAAAAACCUUAUUUCUAAAAUUACCCCAUUUGUUGCCCAACUUCAAAGAAGAUCAGAUAUUUUAAGAGGAGCAUUAUUACCAUCUGUUGUUCAACUUCAAAAUCUUUUAGGCUGUGCUCCUCCUUGUCCUUAUCAGAGAUUUUGUUUACAACUCGAUAGAACUCUUAAAACUAUUUCAAGAGACGAAGCAAAAUUAGUUAAAAUAGUUAAUAUUAUUAAUAUUGCAAGAUAUAUAACUAUGAAAGAAACUACUAAUUCCUUAAAAUCUUUUAAUAAACACGCUAAACAAAGAGCUUUCAUGUUUGUUCAAAGAUAUUCUAAGGCAAUUAAAAAAAUACAAAAUAAUAUUAAACAAUACAAAAAAGUUGUAUUCAUAACUUAUAUAGCUCGUUUACUUCUACAAAGACUUCCAAAUAAACCUUUACAAAGAUAUUCUUCUGAAGAGCUGGUAAAACUACAUGAAGUAAUAGUAGUUCUUGAAAAGGAAUUUUCUAAUUUAAGACUUUUAGUUGAUAAUCAACCAGAUCUUAAAAUUACAUUGAUAAAAUUAUUAUCAGAUUCAGAAAAUAGAAAUUAUAUUAAAUCUAUUAAAAUGUAUUUAAAAGAAGAGAUUGAGGAUAUUUCGGCAAGAAUGUUAAAAUUUCAAAAAUUCAUCUCAAAACAUGGUACACUUCUUAAAGUAUUACGAAAGAAAAUGGCAGAUGCUGGAUAUCCAAUAAAUAAAAAGUUUAUUAUAUUUGAUAGAAAAGGUUUAACUAAAGAACAACAUAGAGCAUAUGUAAAAAGUGCUCAAAUGGAUUUAAAAAUUAAAAAGCAAUAUCUUGGAAAGCAAUAUAAGGAAUUCAAUAGGAAAGAGGCUCAAAAAUGGAAAGAUCUUAAAUCAGUUAUUAAAAAUGUUAAGAAUAAUAUUAAUCUUAAAUCAUAA